CUUGUCCCGGUGUCGCGUGGUUGGCCCGUGCCCUCAGUGUUGCUUUUGCCCUCGGUUCUCGGCGUUCGCUCUUUCACGCUCUCACGCUUGUUGCAUUUCUCGCGAGCUCGACGAGUGUGGCGUCGCGUCAACGUGAACGUGAAAUUUUCGGGCUUCGAGUCACGUGUGUGCGUGAUGCUCUCCGUGCACUCGCCACAGGAGUCGUUUUUGAAAUUGUUGAAAUGAUAUGUGACUGAUACACGAAACUGUAUCUGUGUAGUGUGCGUGGACUUUUCCUUCGUGAUGGGACGAGUGGAAUAAUUUUAAGGGGAAAAUAGUGCUGUUAUAUACAUUGGGCAUUUUCAGAGGAAAUUCCGGUUGGAUUAAGGACGAGCAGUCCUCGUUUAGAGUGCCGCAUAACUUCUCGACUGAAAUUUUAAGGGGUGAAGUAAUAUUUGUUUCUCAAGCAUUGGAGGGAACCGUUGACACAGUGCCGGAAGUCGAGAGUGCAAAAUGUCCUGGAUUAAUCAUUUAUGAACUUAUUUUCGAUAAAAAUUGAAACUAGUUUUUGAAUGCACCGAGUGCACAUUGCUCCACGUAACUUGUGGUUGAGAUAUUUCGUAUAUUCCUGAUUCUUUUCGGCGAAAAGAAGAGGAGGUGAUUUUACAAGGAUACGAGUUUUCGAGGUUCGGAAAAAUGAAUGCAGCCAAUAGUUCGACAGCUUUGGACAUGGAAAACUGGUACCUGAAUUUACGGAACACAUGCCUAGAAAAAAUACGCAGGAUGCAAAUCGUCUUCCCAAACGAUACCGUAGAGUCGAAGAAAUACUGCAAAACUGCUUUCGAUGGCUGGUCAUGCUGGAACGUCACAUUGGCUGGAGAGACCUCGUUUGUGCCUUGCCCCAGUUUUAUAACAGGGUUCGACCCAAAAAGAAGAGCUUUCCGGCAGUGUUUGGAAAAUGGAUCCUGGUAUAAACACCCAGAGACUGGUCAGAGUUGGUCUAACUACACAACCUGUAUAGAUGUCGAGGAUCUUAAGUUCCGUGACGUAGUCAACACCCUAUACAUGUCCGGUUAUUUCUUAUCAUUGACUGCCUUACUCAUUUCACUUGUCAUCUUCCUUACGUUCAAGAGUUUGCGCUGCACUCGCAUUGCAAUCCACGUGCAUUUGUUCACCUCGUUUGCGCUCAACGAUCUAGCUUGGAUCAUCUGGUACAUGUACGUAGUUGGCGACACCAAAGUUUUGAUGGAUAAUCCGACCUGGUGUCGCGCUUUGCACAUAGCACUACAAUAUCUGAUGUUAGCGAAUUACGCCUGGAUGUUCUGUGAGGGCCUUCACCUUCAUCUAGCAUUAGUAGUGGUGUUUGUCAAAGACGACAUGGCGAUGAGAUGGUUCUACAGCAUAGGAUGGGGACUGCCUUUUAUAAUAACCGCAGCUUACGCAACGAUUCGAGGAUCUACGCUUGAGGAUACCUUACAGUGUUGGAUGAACGAGUCGCACGCGACGUGGUUUCUGACGGUGCCGGUGCUGGUCUCGCUGCUGGCGUCGCUCGGGUUCCUCGGCAACGUGCUCUGGGUGCUCCUGACGAAGCUCCACUGGAACUCGGCCAACCCGGCCCCGAUCGGCCUCCGCAAGGCCGUCCGCGCCACCCUCAUCCUCAUCCCCCUCUUCGGCGUCCACCACAUCCUCCUCUUCAUGCGCCCCAAGGCCACCUCCCCCGCCGAGAUCUUCUACGAGCUCUUCUCCGCCGCCAUCGUCUCCUUGCAGGGUUUCUGUGUUUCCAUCUUAUUUUGUUUCGCGAACGUGGACGUUCACGGAGCCUUCAAAGCUUCGUUCUACCGAUUGCAGAGGCGGGGUACGAGACAAAACAUGACGGCAACAACCCACAAUCAGUCACAAAGCAAGGACGUCUACAUUUGACAACGCCCGGACCAGGGCUUGGUCCUCUACAGCCAAAAAACACAGGAAGUGCAAAUUGUCUGAACAGAGGCCGUUUUGCCUUGGUCGAAAUCACUCAAAUGAGGCAUCCCUUUUCGAUCCUUGUGUAUGGGAUGUGAAGCUGUUAUUUCCAUAAGCGCUUCAACAUGGCUGUGUUCUAUUUUUCCAAUUUUUUAAAUGAUUUGUCUCAACCCUUGGAUGCCCAAGUCGCUGGUCGGGUCAAUAGGAGAGGUCGGACAAAAUGUGGAAACUUUAAAAGAUUAUAACUCCGUACAUACAAAACUUUGAGACUCUGAAAGCGUUUCCAUUGGUUUCCUCGUGAAAUUUUCUUCUCGAAGCACCCUUUAAAAUUUAAAAUAUGACGAAAAAACAUCAAAAUUUGCGGAUUUAGUCAAAUACUUAAUGUCCCACCUCCCUGAUUGACUCGAUCCACUGUGAGUCGGGUCAAAUUGACCCGAGGCUUGCUAAAAACAGGCGCGGUUGUACGGGGCCGGUAAAUACGAGCUUUUGAAAUAGUUAUACAACUACACCCUAAAAAAAAGAAUCAUAUAUCAAAUGAAAGGAAAA